AUGCCAGCACCAGGACUCAGGGAAGAGUACGAUAUUGUCGUUGCAGGAGGUGGCACUGCAGCAUGUGUCCUUGCUGGCAGGUUACAAAUGGCAGACCCCGCUCUCUCGAUCCUCAUCAUCGAGGAAGGCAGAGACAAUUACGAAGACCCGACGGUCCGAACGCCAGCUCUGUUUCUGGCUCACAUGGCACCCGACUCAACAUCCGCUGUUUUUCUGCCUUCCAAGCCUACCGAACAGGUUGGAGGUCGGCCCCUGAUCAUCCCCCGUGCUGCCAUUCUGGGUGGAGCAAGUUCCAUCAACUUCAUGAUGUAUUGUCGCGCGCAGGCGGUCGAUUUUGAUGAGUGGAAGGCGGAAGGCUGGACUCAUAAAGAUAUGAUCCCACUCCUGAAGAGAUUGGAGACGUAUCAUGCCGGCACCACCAAGGCAGACGAACGUGUUCAUGGCACAUCUGGUCCCAUCAGUGUAUCUCUAGGUUCUUGGCCCAAGACUGCAUACUCCUGUCAGUUCCUGCGGGCUGCUGCUGCCUGUGGUAUGCCUUCAAGGGACGACCUACAAGACCUGGAAACCGCGGUUGGCUUUGAGCGAAUGCACAAAUUUAUCUCUCCGGAAGGUGUGCGACAAGACGCAGCUCAUACUUACCUCCAUCCCUUACUCCAUGACGGCGCUCAUCCAAACCUCAAGGUGCUCUUACACACCAAAGUCAGUCGCGUGCUAUUUGAUGACCAGAACCGAGCGACGGGUAUUGAGUACAUCUCUUCAGCGCCCUGGAAUGCUGGAAGUCCUACAACUCCCACACUGGGAGCUGUCCGAGCCAAGAAACUUGUCGUUGUAUGUGCGGGCGCUCUUGCCUCCCCGGCCAUUCUCGAGCGGUCAGGCAUCGGUGGACGAGCUCAUCUCGAGAAGCUGGGUAUCCAAGUCAUCAGCGAGCUUCCAGGCGUCGGUGAAAGAUACCAGGACCAUCCAUUCAUACACUAUGCGUACAAGUCUUCACUUCCCGAACACGAGACACUAGACUGGUUUCUCCGUAAUCCUGCAAAGAUCCCAGAGCUUAUGGCUCAAACGAAUCUUGUUCUUGGGACCAAUGGCCUGGAAAUCUUCGGCCGUUGGCGGCCAUCAAUUUCGGAUGUAAAGAAAAUUAGCAAUCCAGCCAUGACCAAAAUCUGGCAGGAGGAAUUUGAGCCGCAUCCCUCAAAACCACUGAUGCUCACUGGUUCCUUUGCUGGCUACCUUGGUCCUCCUACCGAUGUGCCACCGGGGCAGUAUUUUACGAUUGGCAACUACAUCCCCUAUCCGCACUCUAGGGGCUCUGUCCACAUUACCGCGAAGGACGCCGAUGCACCGCUAGAAAUCAGUACUGGUUUCUUCGAAGGUCCCGGGGAUGUCGACUUGGAUGUACAUGUUUGGGCCUACAAGCGAACCAGGGAGAUCGCUCGCCGGCUAGAUUGUUAUCGUGGAGAGACCCCCGUUGGGCACCCGAAUUUCGCCCCUUCUUCGAGGGCGGCUUUGGCAACUCUUGACAACAGUGCAACAGAAGAGGCAGCCAAGCACGGCAAGCAGUUGGAAGACCUGGAAUACUCGGCUGAGGACGACGAAGCGAUCAAGGUCUGCAUCAGGGAGCGCAUUGCGACUGCGUGGCAUUAUCUGGGUUCUGCACAGAUGCGGCCACGUGAGCAAGGAGGAGUAGUGGACAAAGACCUCAAUGUCUACGGUGUCAGCAAGCUGAAGGUUGCAGGUAUGGCAUUUUCUCCUUCUCUUUCGUUUCGCGACUCGUCUAAGCCCUGGAACCUUUGCAUAUUUGGCACUGUGAACCUUAUUCAAGGAUGA